AUGAAAAAUAUUAUUUUGAGAUUUAAUUAUAUUUCUGUUCCAUUUCAAAGGAUUCAAAAAUUGUAAUAUAAUUUCUGUCUAAGUAAUCAAGAUGUCAGAUAAAAUAUUAACAAAUUGAUUGAAUUAAAUGAAUAACAAUUAAAUUCAAUAAAUGAAAUAGAAAAGGAAACCUUAUCUCUCUAAAUUGCAACUAUUGAAAAUAAUUUAGAGAUUUAUUUAUAAUCAUUUUUAAAACAUUAGAAGUAAAAUUAAAUAUCUCUAAUUUUAGAUAACCUUAUUAUCUAUUUAGAAAAAACCUUAUUUAAUUGGCAUUUUAUACUUAUUAUAAUAGUAAAUUUGAUUUAUGUUAAAAAUAUAUAUCUUAUGCAACUUUAGGAGAUUAUGAGAAUACAUAUUCAGGUGAAUUGAUGAAGUAAUUAUUCUUAGCAGAAUUAUAUGGCAUUUAAUUUAGAAUUAAUUAUAAUAAUUAAGAAUUACAAUUAGCAGAUAAAUCUUUAGUACAUUGGUAAAAUAUUAUAGAAAAUCAUUCAAAGUUUUAUAAAGAAAUUUAAAAUAAUCAAACUUUUGAUUAAUAAGAGUUUUUUGAGAAUAUGGAAAAUGUUCACUUUCAUUAAUAUAUUGAAACUUUAAUAGUAGUAGGUUAAUUAUUAUACAAUAAAGGAUUAUUUAUAGAAUCCUUCUCUAAAUUUGAUUUAGUUAAAGUAUUAAUAAAAUCUUUAUUAUAAUUUAUUGAUAAGGGAUAAGAACAAUAACAAAAUUUGAAUGUUGAUAAUAAAGAGUAUCAAGAUUUUUAUAUCAAAUAAUUGAGGAAAUUACUCUCAAAAUCAUAUAUUAAUUAAAUCAAAAUAAAGAUUUUAAUGAACGAUUUAGAUUAGUGUAAAUAAUUAUAUUAAGAAGCAAAUGAAUUAAAUAAUACAAAUGUUUAAACAAUUUAAUUAGAUAUUUUAAAUUUUGAUAUUUAAUUUUAUUAAGGAUAAUCAGAUGAUAUUUUAGAUUAGAUCUAAUCAAAAAUUGAAUAAUCAAUGACUAGUAUUUAAAAUAAUAAUGAAACAAAAGAUGCUUUUCUAGACUAUUAUUAAUUUAGAAUUAAAUAUAAUUUAGAUUCAGACAACUUUUAAAUAUAAUUAGAAUACUUAUCUAAAAUUAAUUGUCAUAUCAAUAAAAUUAUUGAAAUAAAUCAUCACAGUAUUCAAUAAUUAAUAUAUAAUGAAAAUUAUAAUGAUGCAUUUUUGAUUGCAAACUAAUAAUAUCAAAUUUUUGAUAAAUAUUAAAUAACAAAACAACAUUUUAUAUAUUAAUUUAGUUUAGCUUAAUUAUUUUUCUUAUGUGUUAAACUAAAAAAAGUUUAAGAGCUAAAGCAAAAAUUAAAUUAAUUUAAAAAUGAGCAUCAAUUAACUGAGAUUGAUAAAUUAUUUUAAUUUUAUGAGAUUAAUUUAGAAUUUUUGGAAGAAACAAAAAAAUAAAAUGAAUAUAAUAUAUUAGAAAAAAUGAAAAAUAUUGAAUUUUAAAAUAAUUUUUUAGAAUAUUUGAAACAUUAGAUCUUAGAGAUGAAUUAUGAGUUUUUUAAAAUGAAAGAUAAAUAGAUUGAAAGUUUAGUAGAAUAAUUAAAAUAUUUAAGAUCAAAUGAAUAAUUUAAUAAAGAUUAGAUUGAAUAAGUGAAAUAGAAAAUAUAAAUUUUGAGUUCUUGA